GCUCCUCCCCUCCUGCUCCUUUUCUGCGUCGCUCCUCUCCCGGCGCACUCAGAGAGCUGGAGCGGAGCGCUGCGCAGUCCCCGCAGCGGUGCCAGUGCCCGGCGCAGCAGCGGCAGUAACACCAGCAGCAGCAGCAGCAGCUAAAGCAGCAGCCUUCCGCGGUGCCUUAGCUCCAAGCCUCAAUGAGGAGCCCAAACAUGGCGACCUUCAAACAGCAGAAGGUGGAGGAUGUAUAUGAAAUUGGAGAAGAGUUGGGAAGUGGCCAGUUUGCCAUAGUGAAGAAAUGCCGGGAGAAGAGCACCGGGGCUGAGUAUGCUGCCAAAUUCAUCAAGAAACGGCAGAGCCAGGCAAGCCGUCGAGGGGUACAGCGGGAGGAGAUUGAGAGGGAGGUGCACAUUCUGCAGCAGAUCCUGCACCCCAAUGUCAUCAAACUUCAUGAUGUCUAUGAGAACCGAACAGAUGUGGUCCUCAUCCUUGAGCUAGUUUCUGGAGGAGAGCUCUUUGAUUUCCUGGCACAGAAAGAGUCUUUGAGUGAGGAAGAAGCAACCAGUUUCAUUAAGCAAAUCCUGGAAGGUGUUAACUACCUGCAUGCCAAAAUUGCUCACUUUGACCUCAAGCCAGAGAACAUUAUGCUGCUGGAUAAGAAUAUUCCCAUUCCACACAUCAAGUUGAUCGACUUUGGCCUGGCUCAUGAAAUUGAAGAUGGAGUAGAGUUUAAGAACAUUUUUGGGACCCCAGAAUUUGUAGCUCCAGAAAUUGUGAAUUACGAACCCCUUGGGCUGGAGGCUGAUAUGUGGAGCAUAGGGGUCAUCACCUACAUACUGUUAAGUGGUGCUUCACCUUUCCUUGGAGACACAAAGCAGGAAACAUUGGCAAACAUCACGGCGGUGAGUUAUGAUUUUGAUGAGGAGUUCUUCAGCCAGACCAGUGAGUUAGCCAAAGACUUCAUUCGGAAGCUCCUGGUUAAAGAAACAAGGAAACGACUCACCAUCCAGGAAGCACUCACUCAUCCCUGGAUCACGUUGAAAGGAGAGGCCAAAGCCCCAGAACAUAAGAAGACAGAGCCCCCCCAGGUGAAGACCAAGCGCUUGAGAGAAUACACCAUGAAGUGCCACUCCAGCAUGCCCCGCAACAACACCUAUGUCAACUUUGAGCGCUUCGCCCGUGUGGUGGAAGACGUGGCUGAGGCUGAGCAUGGCUGCAGUGAGCUGGCCUCUGCCCACGACUCUCUCCAGGAUGAUGUGGAGGCUCUGGUGUCCAUCUAUAACGAGAAGGAAGCCUGGUACAGAGAGGAGAGUGAAAACACUCGCUACAGCCUUUCCCAGCUCAAGUAUGAGUACCGCAAGGUGGAGGCCAUGAAAAAGACCCUCCAGGAAGACAUCCGGACGGUGGCCUCCGACCUGGGAAGUGUUGCUGGGAAAUAUGCCCAGCUUGGGGCUCAGUAUGAAUCUCUCAGGCAGGAGCUUUCUGAGGACCUAAAGUGGAUCCAAGAGCUCAUGAGCGAUUUCCAGCAAGAGAGUGGCAGUGAAGGCAGUCUUGGCUCUGUUUUCAAGAGAGAUGCGAAUGAGUCACUAAUGGAACUGUUAAACAGGUCUUGCAGUGAGGACUUCCUUGCAGGUUUGAAGCUCAGAGUCACAGAGUCCAGCCAGUGAUGGGGCCUAAUUGGUUUGUCAAAGCACAUUCUCUAUUGUCUUACUGCCGGGAUGCUCACUGCCAUGGAAAGGAAUUGUUCCAGCCAGUCUUCCAUCCCCUCCCUUUCUUCUGCCCCUCUAGCCCCUUCAAGCUGGCCUUCUCACCCUAGCAUUGAAUCUGAAAUUGCAGGUCCUAAUUAGUCAUGCAAAUUGUGUUCCUUCUCCCCCACUCCCCAAAUACAUGUCCCACUCCUUUUCGGCACACAAUGGAAGAACAAUGUUUCAUUAGGGCACAGAUGAGGCAGCUUCAAAAGGAUGAGAGAGUGGAUGUCCCUCACCGCAAAGCCAUGAGGAAUGCCAUGUCCUUGGCCAUGUUGUGUUUACCACUCACUCAUCUCACAGUUUCUAGAUGUUAGCCUGUGUUGCCAAUACUUGUGGGGUACGUGGUGCUUAUUUACUCUCUGUGGGAGCUCAGAACGAAGUAGUCUGGAGAAAAGAAUGAUGCCCCAUAUUUGGAUGGCAUUCCUAACUUUUUGCAGAACCCCCUUUCAGAACCUCCCUCAGCUCUCCAAGAACCCUGUGAAGUAGAAAGAGGAGCAGCUGUCAUUAUGCCUUUGUGACAGAUGAGGAGUAGGAGGUCAACCCAGAGCUCCCAAGCCCUAGCAUUCUAAAAGUCAAUCAGUAAACAAACAUUUAUUGAGCACUUACUGUGUGCCAAGCACUAUACUGAGGGGAGGGCAGGAUGAGGGCCUAGAGAAUAGAAGAAUGCAAAGAAAGACUCUGUUCUAAGUUGGAAGAGGAAGAAAAAGGCAAAGAAAGGCAAAAAACAGUCUCUGCUCUUAAGAAGCUUUUUUAUUUUAUUCUAAUGGGGGAGGUAAUGCUCCUUUAAAUAAGUGCAUAGAAUCUAUAAGUCAAUAAACAAACAUUUAUUGAGCACUUACUGUGUGCCAAGCACUGUACUAAGUUGGAGAGGGAGGAGGAAUAG